GAUCACCAUCACACAAACACAUAUAUAUUACACUGAGAGCGGAAAAAAAAGCCUAAACGCAAACUCUUCCUCACCAAAAGCUGAAAAGGUUCAGUGAAAUGGUGAAGGUGUGGUGGUGGAGACGGUGUUUUCCGUUCGCUUUCAUUUUAACGGCGUUUAUUGGUGGCGCAUAUGGUGGCAAUGUCACCUACGACGGAAGAUCCUUAAUCAUUGAUGGAGAGCAUAGAAUCCUAUUCUCCGGUUCAAUUCAUUAUCCUCGCAGCACUCCUCAGAUGUGGCCUAAUUUAAUUGCGAAAGCUAAGGAAGGUGGAUUAGAUGUCAUACAAACUUACGUGUUUUGGAACCUUCACGAACCUCAACAAGGCCAGUAUAACUUUAGAGGAAGGCGUAAUAUAGUGAGAUUCAUUAAGGAAAUUCAAGCACAGGGUUUAUAUGUAACCCUCAGAAUUGGACCAUACAUUGAGAGUGAAUGCACAUACGGGGGUCUACCAAUUUGGUUACAUGAUAUUCCGGGUAUCGUAUUCAGAUCUGACAAUGAGCAAUUCAAGUUUCACAUGCAAAGGUUCGCUACGAAAAUAGUCAACGUGAUGAAAUCGGCUAAUCUUUAUGUUUCACAAGGAGGACCUAUCAUACUAUCACAGAUUGAGAACGAAUAUGGGAACGUUGAAGGGGCGUUUCACGAGAAAGGACUAUCUUAUAUUCGUUGGGCUGCCCAGAUGGCCGUGGGACUCCAAACUGGCGUGCCUUGGGUGAUGUGCAAGCAAGAUAAUGCUCCUGAUCCCGUGAUCAACACAUGCAAUGGCAUGCAGUGCGGGACAACUUUUAAGGGGCCUAACUCACCUAACAAGCCUUCACUCUGGACAGAGAACUGGACAAGUUUUUACCAAGUGUUUGGUGGAGUACCAUAUAUAAGAUCGGCUGAAGACAUUGCGUACAAUGUUGCUCUGUUCAUUGCAAAGAGAGGGAGCUAUGUAAAUUACUACAUGUACCAUGGAGGAACCAAUUUCGACAGGAUAGCCUCCGCUUUCGUAACGACAUCCUAUUAUGACGAAGCUCCACUGGAUGAAUAUGGUUUGGUUAGACAACCAAAAUGGGGCCAUCUUAAGGAGCUACAUGCAGCAAUCAAGUCAUGUUCAAAAUCUCUACUUUAUGGUACUCAAACUAGCUUCAGCUUGGGCUCACGACAAAACGCUUAUGUUUUCAAAAGUAACUCAACAGAAUGUGCUGCCUUCCUGGAAAAUAAUGAAGAUCGAACUGUCACAGUUCAAUUGCAAAAUAUUUCAUACCAGCUACCACCCAAAUCAAUCAGUAUUCUACCAGACUGCAAGAAUGUGGCCUUUAACACUGCCAAGGUACGCACACAAAAUGACAGAUCAAUGAAGUCAUAUUUACGGUUCAAUUCAGCAGAAAAAUGGAAAGUGUACAAAGAAGCCAUCCCGAGCUUUGACGAUACUUCAUUAAGAGCAAAUACACUGUUGGAUCAAAUCAGCACAGCAAAAGAUACAUCUGACUAUAUGUGGUACACAUUCAGGUUUAAUGACAAUUCUCCUAAUGCUCAAUCCAUUCUAAGUGCAUACAGCCAAGGACAUGUUUUGCAUACCUUCAUCAACGGAAAUUUAGUAGGUUCUGCUCACGGAAGUCACAGAAAUGCGUCUUUUGUCAUGGAAAACAAACUCAAUCUCAUAAAAGGGAUGAACAAUAUUUCUUUCCUCAGUGCAACAGUUGGACUGCCGAACUCAGGAGCAUAUCUAGAGCACAAAGUCGCCGGUUUAAGUAGAGUGAAAGUUCAAGGCCAAGAUAUCACUAAUCAAGCAUGGGGAUAUCAGGUUGGUUUGUUGGGAGAAAAAUUGCAAAUCUACACAGCUAGUGGAUCAAGUAAAGUUCAAUGGGAAAGGUUUCAAAGCUCAACGAAGCCACUCACAUGGUAUAAGACCACAUUUGAUGCACCAGAGGGAAACGAUCCGAUAGUGCUUAACCUUGAGUCCAUGGGAAAGGGUUAUACUUGGAUUAAUGGCCAAGGUAUAGGCCGAUAUUGGGUAUCGUUCCAAACGCCACGGGGAACACCUUCGCAGAAAUGGUAUCACAUACCCCGAUCCCUCCUAAAAUCUACAGGGAAUCUACUAGUUCUGCUAGAAGAAGAAACUGGGAACCCACUUGAAAUCACUCUGGACACAGUUUACAUCACAUCACAGUAA